AUGCCAGAUCCAAAAAAGCCAAUGGGACAAAGCUCGCUUCUGUCUUUUUUUACAAAGAAGACAGAGCCAGCCCCUCAGUCAAAGCCAGUCCCUCAGUCAAAACCAGUACCUUCACCACAGAAUGAUUCAAUGCAAGUAGAUUCAACUAUUGCAGAAGAUCCAAACAAUGCACAAAAACGAAGACGUGCACAAGUGACAUAUAAUGAGUUUGAUAGCGAAGAAGAAGAAGCGCCUAUCAAACCCUCAACUACAGGAAAGAAACGUAAAUUGGUACGUCGUAUCAGCAACGAAGACAGUGAAGAUGAAUAUACACCAACAAACAAUAAUAAAGAGGAUGAUGAUGUAUUUGAUGAUAUAUCUGAUACAGAACUGAUGGAAAUAGAAAGAGAUAUCGCUACAUCAAAGAAUAAAAUACCAGUUACACCCAUAGCAGAAAAGUUUCAAAAAUUUUCAGUCUCGUCUACUCCUGCUCCACUUACUUUUAAUCCUGGAGCUACUGCCAAACAAACAAAGGCUCAGAAAUUCAAGGAAAAGAAUGAAACCAGAUACCAGUGGCUUCAAAACUUACGAGAUGCAGAUGGAAACCCUGUAGAUUCACCAAACUAUGACCCUAGAACACUUUAUAUUCCUGCCUCUGCUUGGCGUGAAUUUACUCCAUUCGAAAAGCAAUACUGGGAAGUCAAGUGCAAACAUUGGGAUACGGUUGUUUUUUUCAAAAAAGGCAAAUUUUAUGAACUUUAUGAGAAAGAUGCUGAUAUUGGACACAAGGACUUUGAUUUGAAAAUGACAGAUCGAGUCAAUAUGCGUAUGGUUGGUGUACCUGAAAUGUCUUUUGAUUAUUGGGCCGCUCAAUUUAUCGCCAAAGGACAUAAAGUGGCCAAGGUAGAUCAGAUGGAAACUGCCAUUGGUAAAUCCAUGCGCGAGAAAAAUGCAACGACAAAGCAGGAUAAGGUCAUAAGAAGAGAACUUACCUCUGUAUUGACUGCUGGUACCUUGGUUGAUGCCGGAUUAUUAACCAACGAUCUCAGCACGUACUGUAUGUCGAUCAAGGAGCAAUGCAUGAAUGAACAGUCAGAGCCCAGGUUCGGUAUUUGCUUUGUAGACACAGCAACGGCAGAAUUCAAUCUUGUUCAUUUUGAAGAUGAUAUGAAUAGGACCAAGCUGGAAACACUAUUAAUGCAAAUCAAGCCGAGGGAGCUAGUCACCGAAAAGGGCAGACUCACCAAGAGCACAAUGCAACUUAUCAAGUCAACGGUAAAUGAUCCGCUUUGGAAUAUGCUUAUUCCUGAACGUGAGUUUUGGGAUGAUCGCACCACGGAGGAUGAGAUCAGGAUUAAUGAGUACUUUGGCUCCGAGAUGACGGAAAAAGACAAUCUCUCAGGCUUCGACCAAGCCAUGCAGGAGCUUCAUACAGAUCCUUUGCUGAUGUCGGCUUUUGGUGCCAUGAUUUGGUACCUUCGUUCACUUAAAUUGGACAAAGACUUGCUAUCAGCCAAACAUAUUCAAAUGUACGACCCUAUUCGUCUUGGCACAUCGCUCGUUCUUGACGGUCAAACGCUUGCCAACCUUGAAAUCUUUCAAAACUCACAUGACGGAAGUACAGAUGGCACCGUGUUCAAGCUACUGGCCAACAGCAUUACACCUUUUGGCAAGCGACUCUUCAAACGAUGGCUUUGUCAUCCUUUACGACGCAUUCAAGAUAUCAAUGCACGCUUAGAUGCUAUUGAGGAUCUGAUGCAAUUAAAUGAUGCUGAGAUCAUAGCCAAGCAGCUAGCUUCUCUGCCCGACCUUGAGCGACUGAUCUCACGUAUUCACUCGGGUAGUGUAAAAGUAAAAGAAUUCUUGACUGUCCUCGAAGGGUUCAGAACGACCGAGAUGAUUAUAGAGACUAUGAAGCAAAGCCAGUCUCAGCUCAAAUCAAGCUUGUUGAAUCGUUUGAUGGAUGACUUUCCACAGAUUGGACCAGCGUUGGAAGAACUAUCUGGUUUAUUUACAACAGCUGAUGUUGACAUGGACUAUCAAAAAGUGAAAGCAAUGAUUCCUAAAAGUGGAAAGAAUGCAGAUUGGGACAAACUGAAUAAUGACAUUGAUGCAAUCGGAACAGAGUUCCAAACGCAUCUUGCUUCACUCAAGAAACAGCUCAAAUGCUCUUCUCUUGCUUAUAAAGAUCUGGGCAAGGAUAUAUAUCAGAUUGAAGUGCCAAAGGGUGUGUCUGUUCCAAGUGACUGGAUCAAGCUGUCUAAUACUGCUAAAUUCAAUCGGUACUGGGAUAGUACCGUCAAGCGCUUGGUGACUAGAUACAAAGAAUUGUUGGAGACAAAAAAUGAAUUUGUUAAAAAGUUCUCUCAGCAAGUCUAUGCUCAUUUUGAUGAGUUUUAUCCAAUGUGGUUAUCUGCCGUUUCAACUGUUGCUCAGCUUGAUGCGCUUAUGGGAUUAGCAAAGGGAUCAAUGAACAUGGGAGAGCCUGUUUGCAGACCUACUUUACUAGAUCAAGAAAAGAGUGUUAUUGAAUUUGAAGAAUUAAGGCAUCCAUGUGUCGUACCUGGUGUUUCCACAGACUUUAUACCAAACGACGUUGCCCUUGGUGGAGAACGCUCAAACAUGAUUGUAUUGACUGGUCCAAACAUGGGUGGUAAAUCAACUCUUUUAAGACAGACAUGCGUUGCUAUCAUUCUAGCACAACUCGGGAGCUAUGUUCCUGCAAGAUCAUGUCGAUUGACGCCAUGUGAUAGAAUCUAUACAAGAAUUGGGGCCAAUGAUAACAUCAUGGGUGGUCAGUCCACCUUUAUGGUUGAAUUGGCUGAGACAUCCAAGAUUCUUCGAGAGGCAACGCCCCGAUCGAUGGUCAUCUUGGAUGAAUUGGGCAGAGGCACGUCUACUUAUGAUGGAUAUGCCAUUGCUUACUCAGUCCUGCACUACCUGAGCACUCAUAUUGGAUGUCUAGGCAUGUUUGCCACACACUACCAGACUCUUUGUAGAGAGUUUGAAAGAAACCCAGAGAUCAAUAAUAUGCACAUGGGAUACAUGAUGGAUGAGGAUGAGCAUAAUGUUACUUUUUUGUACAAGCUUACUAAGGGCAUUUGCGAGAAAUCAUUUGGUAUGAAUGUGGCAAGAAUGGCCAAUAUACCUUCAAGUGUGGUUGAUAGAGCAGACGAGAUCGCACAGCAGGUCGAAGUGUCACAUAGGAUGAAGGAUACGACAUUUACGAAAUCACUGACACCAGCAGUUAUGAGUGACUUGAAAUACCUCAUGAACAAUCAACAUCGUGAUGCUAGAGAUGCAGCCACAAGAAGGAUUGUGAAUAGUUUUAUGCACAUCAAGGCUUAA